AUGGCGCGACGCAUUCAUCAAAAACGCAAUGCCAAGAUGUACGAGCGACCGGGUUUGAGUCAAGAGGAGAUUGAGGAGAUUCGUGAGGCUUUUAAUCUUUUUGAUACGGACGGCAGUGGCACGAUCGAUCCAAAAGAGCUUAAGGCCGCCAUGCAGUCACUGGGCUUUGAGGCGAAGAAUCAAAUUAUCUAUCAAAUGAUUGGAGAUAUUGAUAAGGAUAACAGCGGAUCGAUUGACUUUGAAGAGUUUCUAGAUAUGAUGACAGCAAAAAUGAGUGACAAGGACUCGAGAGAAGAUAUACAAAAAGUUUUUAACCUUUUUGAUGACGAUCAAACUGGCAAAAUUUCACUACGUAACCUUAAGCGCGUAGCUAAGGAACUAGGCGAGACUAUGACCGACGCUGAGUUGCUCGAAAUGAUCGAGCGCGCUGAUACAGAUCAAGAUGGAGAGAUCAACGCCGAAGAAUUUUAUGCUAUUAUGACUAAAAAGACUUUUACGUAG